CCUCUCAGUACAUCAGCAGCAGCAGCAGUGUGUGUUCAGCAGCAUCAUCCUACGGACCCGCACCGCUCACUUACAGUCGAGGCUGACUUUUCUCCCGCAAAAACAAUUUCAACAAAUACAGAACAGAAAAAAAACGCACGCCAGAAACAGUAACCCACCAGCGGGAAACCAGCAGCCUCAGUCCUUUGAAUCGCCUGUUGGUUUCCGUCCUCGCAGGUUUUUGUGACCACUCCAGACAUCAGACCGGACUUCUCCCGUUGACUCUGCACUCUCGCAAGGCAAAAUGGGGAAACAGAACAGCAAGCUGACCCCUGAAGUGAUGGAAGACCUGGUGAAGAACACAGAGUUUAACGAACACGAGCUGAAGCAGUGGUACAAGGGUUUCCUGAAGGACUGUCCCACCGGCCGCCUCAACCUGGAGGAGUUCCAGCAGCUCUAUGUCAAGUUCUUCCCAUACGGCGACGCAUCCAAGUUUGCCCAGCACGCUUUCAGGACCUUUGACAAGAACAGCGACGGCACCAUCGACUUCAGAGAGUUCAUCUGCGCAUUGUCCAUCACAUCACGAGGCAGCUUCGAGCAGAAGCUCAACUGGGCCUUUAACAUGUACGACCUGGACGGAGACGGCAAGAUCACACGGGUGGAGAUGCUGGAGAUUAUCGAGGCGAUCUACAAGAUGGUUGGCACAGUGAUUAUGAUGAAAAUGAAUGAGGAUGGCCUGACGCCCGAGCAGAGGGUGGACAAGAUCUUCUCCAAGAUGGACAAGAACAACGACGACCAGAUAUCACUGGAGGAGUUCAAAGAAGCGGCCAAGAGCGACCCGUCCAUCGUACUACUGCUGCAGUGUGACCUCCAGAAAUAAACAGGAGGGCGAGCGGAGCACUCCACCAGCCGCCACGGACUGCACAGAAAGAAUUUCAUGUUCCAUUCAGUUUGCAGCUAUUUCCACUGAAAAAUAUAUAUACAUAUAUGCUUGGACUACCUUUCAAUGGAUCUGCUUCUUGUGUUUGAAACACUCGUGUGCAUGAGAAUGUUAUUUGCUAUAAAAAGAUCUACACACGACAUACGACAGUGUGCAGGUGCGCACCACAAACACACACACACACACACACACACACACACACACACACUACAUAUGAACACCUCGCACAAAUAAUAUAUAGAUAUAUAAAUAUGAAUAUAUAUUUAAAUUAUUUAAAGAUCAACUGCCAAAAUGUGAAGUGUGCAAAGUAUUUUCCAUACAGUUUCAUUCUACUGGAGCUUGCGCAUCAGUGAUGUGCUACGUUGAAUUUGCCGCUACUCUAUUUAUUGUUCCGAGUUUACCGAUGCUAGCUGUACGUGUUUCAUAAUACUGAGUAAUGUCGACUGAACCAAAUUCCUAUGAUAAUGUAUCUGCCUCCAAUAAGACACUCUAUCCAUCAUCUCAAAUAUUAGCUCUAGAAGAGAUGGAUUUGUCCAACUUUUUCCUUCCGAAACAUGCUUGUACUGUAAAAAAGAAAAAUCUAAAAAAUGUAAAUGUAGUUAAUUUGCAUGCCUUUAGGUUCUGCCUUAAAAAUCUCCUCAUUUUGCAUCCUGUAAUCGAAGACAGAAAGCCUUAUCAAAGCAGCGCGGUGUGGGAGAAACCGUGAGAAAAGAUUUUUACAGAAUAGGGAGCAAAAAAAAAAUCACAUCGCAGUAGGUCCUUCUAAAGUAUUGUCGUAUGGGAUGUAAUUUUUGUGAUCCGUUGAGGCGUUUUCUUUUGACUGCUUUAACUGUGGGAGCAUGUUUCCUUGUAGAUUAGCUGUAGUAUAUGUUGCUAAUAACUAAACCCCUGCCCCUGCACAUUUAAACACACAAUCUCAUUACAAGUAUGAUGUUGAAAAUGGAGGAAUCCAUCAUUUGGAAAGUAGAAAACAGCUAAAUUGAUAGAUUUGUGAAGCAAACUGAGCGGAGGCAAGUGAGAGCAAACAUUUACAUCGGGAUUCCUCGGAGAGUGAGUGAAGCUUCUCACAGCUGCACUUAAAAAUCAGAUGAGAAAUUAUUCAUCUAUAGUUGGACAGCAUUUUUUUAUCAAACUUAGUUGUCACCAUCACAUCUACUUUUUUUCCAAUUAGCCUGCAGGUUGCAUAUCAAUACGAUCAAUUCAGAGGUGUUUUUUUAGAGCGUUAAAGACGUGAAGAAAUAAGGCACGUGCAGCAUUUCUUGUUUGUCUUUUUCAGUGGAAGUAAAUGAGUGCUAAAGUAGUGAGAGGAGCAGUGAAUGGUUUUUCAUUAUAACUAGUAGAGGACAGCCGUUCCUGUAAAGCCAUGCGUUUCGUAGGUUGGACAAUUCGCCCUCCCUAACCCUCCCAAGUAUUUCUCUCUUACCAAUCAGUCAAUCUUUUUGUACUUUUUUACUCCCGUCUCUCACACAUUGUACACGUACUAAUGCAUUCGAAGCGUAGAGAAGUUCAGCCGUGUGUGGCGCCUCUUUCAGAUGAUUUGGAAAUCACCUGUGAGCCCACGUCAACAAGUUUACCUGGCCUUGUCUGAAAGCACCGCAGACACUUUUCCAACCUGCAUUGAUACUGACAGUGUUUUAAGAGCUAAAGGAGGCUAAAAGAGAUGUCAUAAUAAUAUACAGUAUUGCAAUAAAGACCUAGCAUACCAGUCCAUUGUCAUCUCUCAGCAGCGUGGCGUGUCCCCCGAUCACUUUGUGAUCUGAACUUCUUUACAUGAACAUCUUUGGCCAGACGAUGUUUCUAAUUCCAACUCUGUUAUUAAUAUUAUUGCUAUCAAGAUACCAAAUGUAAGCAAAGGCAAACGUGUACAAGGAUUCUUUUGUAGCAUGUAUUGUGUCCCUGACGACAUGGCUGCACUACUCCCUGUGUUGUGAUUUAAUCUAAUAAAAGGAACUCUA